AGGAAGAGGGAGUAAAAACUGGCAACUAUGCCAAAGUGCCCAACUUGAGUGCAGUGCAUUCUGUUGCUGUAGCACUGAAAGGGACAUUGGUAGCCAACUUGACUGACUGACGGUAGGGCUCAGAAUAGUGACAGUGUGGAGUAUCUUAAGGAGCAUCGUCCAGUGGCAACGUCAAAACUCUGGUAUACAUAAGGGCAGAAACAAGGACCAGACUAAGCGAGAGAGUUCCAAUAAAAUCUUUUAUUUUGGACAGAGGGAAAAGUAAAGACACAGCAUAGAUUGAGAAGAAGGUGGAGGAUAGAAGAGAAAAAGGGAGGGGCAUGCUGGCAUUAGAAAGUGACUGGUUUCAUUACGGUUGCAUUUGAAGGGUCGAAGAGGAAUCCAUCAUCUGACAUCUUCUCAACUGGACUGCAGUUCUCCGUGGCUCUGUUGCUUUAUCGAUCCUGCAGUCGCUUGAGGGGAUCGACCUCGUGGAGAUGAAGAGACCUCACGAUUACAGUUCUCCGGACUCAGACACGGAUGAACUCAUCGAUGUUGGACAGGAGGACGGCUACUGCCCCGUCACUGGCUCCAUGUCUCCAGGCAGUAGCUCUCAGAUCCUGGCUCGCAAGAAGAGAAGAGGGAUAAUUGAGAAGAGGCGCAGGGACAGAAUCAACCACAGUCUGUCAGAGCUGAGGAGACUUGUACCCAGUGCCUUUGAGAAACAGGGUUCCUCUAAACUGGAAAAGGCUGAGAUUCUUCAGAUGACUGUGGAUCAUCUCAAACUGUUGCAUGCCAUGGGCGGAAAAGGCUACUUCGACGCUCGCGCUCUGGCGGUGGAUUACAGGACUUUGGGUUUUCGGGAGUGCGUGGGAGAGGUGGUGAGAUACCUCAGCUCUCUGGAGGGGGUUGAAUCAUCAGACCCCAUAGGUGCACGCCUCGUGUCCCACCUCAGCCACUGUGCCAGUGAGCUGGACCCUCUGCUUCAGAGCCCGGCCGCUAUGCCGUUCCCUCCGUGGCCUUGGUCUUCCUUUCCUCAGCUCUCCACCACUUCCCCACCUGGUUCGGCUGCCCACUUUCCCCAGGCCUCUCGCCGGGAUCUGGCACCUCACGCCACCGCCGCCCUGCUGGGCUACCCCUCGCCUGCCCUGCGCGUGGGAUCUCUGGGCGCCCAGGGGGCGAUAUUAGCCCAGGUGCGUCGAGUGCCCUCUGUACCCGGCAAUCCUCAUAGACUUCAACAGCACUCGCCAGAUGGACCCACGAUCCCAUCACCACUCCAGGCCGUCCUUCCACCUUCAUCAUCUUCCUCCAACUCCUCUUCAUCCACUGCCCCUCCCCAGGUGUCCUUCAGACCCUUCGCACCUCUAGGGUCUCCAACAACAGCUCGUAGGGGUUUGGGUACCUCCAGUCAUUCGGCACAGGGCUGGGGAACGGAGAUUGGGGCAUUCUGAUUCACUUUGGAGUUUAAAAGGAACAAAACAUUUUUGGUCAUUCGGACUUGCCUGUGACAAAUAUCAACUGUGUUUUAAAGGAACUACAAAGCAUUGGGACACAUGCAGAUGUGAUCAGUCUGACACACAGUGCCAAGUUGUAAGCUGGUUCAUUUAAAAACUGCAGUGGCAUUCAGAAACAAAAAAAGACAUUCAAGAAAAACCAGCAUGAGCCAGAUGAACGAGGGUAAAAUCAGCACUUGAAAAUGUCCAUGUAGACUCUCAGUGAAACUGAACGAGUGCUUUGGUUUUGAAUUGCAAGCUUGUGAUAGAAAAGCCUUGAUGCUUUGUCUUCUUGUUACAUUUGUGUAUUUGUUUACUUUGUCAUUUAAACCUUACAUUCACAUAGAUUCUGACAAAUAUAUCAUACAUGUGACAAAUUUCAUAAAGAGAAAUUUGUCUUAUUAAAACAAUCUUCCACUAAUGGUGCAAUGCAAUGCACAUACAAUACUUGUGUGUAAGGAUAUGGAAACCUCCAGGAGGUGGCAGCAUUUCAGCAAACUAUGUACUUAUUGUAUUUUAAUGUAUAUCUUUCCUAAAUCACUUUAUCAAUGGAAAGCAAUGACCAGUGACAUCUCUUUAAUUUCUGUACCCCAUCAGAUGGAUUCUUUAAUUGAAAACACAAAUAAAAAUAA